AUGAUGGAUAUAAUCAUGUUUCAUCAGCAUCAUUACCAUUUUAUAAUUUUCAAUUCAUCUGGAGUUAGUGUACAAAAUUAUGGUGGUGAAAAUUAUAACAAUGUGCCUCAACAAUCAUCAUCUCGUAGUGGUGGUCCUAUGCAUGAAAGAAGAGGUGGUGGUGGUGGCACUUAUGGUAAUCGCUCGGUUCCUUAUUCAUCACGUGGUGAUUGUCAUGUUUGCUCUGAUCGUGGUCGUGGUGAACAAUCAAUAUUUUAUAUAAACUGUUGA